UUGAGCCCCACCUUCUCCGUUUGGGGAGAGAAAAACUUUUUUUAUAUUAUGGAUUCGCCUAAAAAUGUGAUGGAAAUCUGGAUGGUUUUUCAAAUAUUUUGCAAAGUAUUCAAGAACGUAUAGAUUGUGUUGAAUAAUCUCGUUUGGCUCUCUAAGGAUUCUCAACCGCUGAGUUUUUCAACCCUGCAACGUCCCGGACUGGAAUGAUUGAAUUAUUGAUUGGGACGGUCCUGGCUGCUGGGAGGGUGGAGGUAUAAAAAGGAGGGACGCAUCCCAAGCAGUGCUCCACAGUCCGUCCCUUCUUCACACUCCCUUCUACUUUCUUCUUUUUCUUCAAACGCCAAGAUGAGCUACGGAUCCGACGCGUACUCAGCCUCUUCUUCCUACAGGAAGAUCUUCGGAGAUUCCCCCCGCUACUCAUCCUCUCCGUCCAGGAUGAGCUCCUCCAGGACCGGCGGCUACCGCUCCCUCUCGGUGACCCGCACCGGCGCCUCCUCGCUGGGCUCCUACAAGCGCGCCGGGCGCAGCGCCCUGUCCUCGGGGCCCAUGUCCCUCGGCCUGGACACGCUGGACUUUGCGCAAAGCUCGGUGCUGAACAACGAGUUUAAGAUCAUCCGCACCAACGAGAAGGAGCAGAUGCAGGGCCUCAACGACCGGUUCGCCAUGUUCAUCGAGAAGGUGCGCAACCUGGAGCAGCACAACAAGGUGCUGGAGACGGAGCUGGUGACGCUGCGCCAGCGGCAGUCCGAGCCGUCGCGCCUGGCCGAGCUCUACCAGCAGGAGAUCCGCGAGCUGCGCUCCCAGCUGGAGGAGGCGCACGGCGAGAAGAACCAGAUGAUGUUCGAGCGCGACAACGUGGAGGAGGAGCUCCAGAAGCUGCGCGAGCGCUACGAGGACGAGGUGCGCGCCCGCGACGAGUCCGAGCGCACGCUCAAGGCUUUCCGCAAGGACGUGGACGACGCGUCGCUGGCGCGCCUCGACCUGGAGAAGAAGGUCGAGUCGCUGCUGGACGAGAUCGCCUUCCUGCGACGCGCUCACGACGAGGAGGUGGCCGAGCUGAUGAACGCCAUCCAGGCCUCGCAGGUGUCCGUGGAGAUGGAGGUGGCCAAGCCCGACCUUACCUCUGCGCUCAAGGAGAUCCGCGGCCAGUACGAGUCGCUGGCCUCCAAGAACCUGCAGUCCGCCGAGGAGUGGUACAAGUCCAAGUUCGCCGACCUGAGCGAGCAGGCCAACCGCAGCAACGAGGCCAUCCGCGCCAGCCGCGAGGAGGUCAACGAGUUCAGGAGGCAGCUGCAGUCCAAGACCAUCGAGAUCGAGAGCCUGAGGGGCACCAACGAGAGCCUGGAGAGGCAGCUCCGCGAGAUGGAGGACAGGCACAACAUGGAGGUGGCCGGAUACCAGGAGGCGAUUGGAGAGUUGGAGAAUGAGCUAAGGACCACUAAGAGCGAGAUGGCUCGUCACCUGAGGGAAUACCAGGACUUGCUGAAUGUCAAGAUGGCUCUGGACAUUGAAAUUGCUGCCUACAGGAAACUUCUGGAAGGAGAGGAGACCCGCAUUAGCACGGGCAUGCCUUACCCUAUUCCGAGCUCUGUCUCCAGCAGCCAGAGCUACAGCUACCAGAGCCGUAUCUACACCAGCUCCGGCAAAACCGCCAAGAAGGAGGGAAAAGAUGAAGAGGACAAGCAGGAGCAGAACGCCAAGUCCGAAAGCAAUCCGUCCAAGAAGGCUGACAAGCAAGAGUCUGGAGACGUCAACAGCACCAGCCAGAAGAACUAAACCUCUAUACACUACUUCUCCUUGUUUUCUCCUUAAUCCCCCAUAUCCCUUCCCUUCUGCACUCUUAAAAAUAAAGCAUACUAAAAGGGAGAUCUUGGGUUUACUAUACAGGAACCACUGUAGGUUCCUUAACCAACCUUUCAAUGUGUAUAAUGCAGGUGAAUAACCCAGCUAACAAGGGUCAGGAAACGUUUGUUUUUGGUUCCUGAAACAUUUUGAGAACAGAUCAUCCUUAUUUACCCUUUGGUUCUUGAGGAAGGUUUUCUGAAUGGAAAUUCUGUAAGUGUUCCCAUAACUUUUCCACAAUCCUGUAUUACAAUAGAGAAGUAAAAAUUACUUUACACUGCAAACCGCAAAAUUUAUAAACCGCAGAUUAUUUUCCAUUGGCUUCCAUUGUAAGCAUAAUGGAUGUGUCCUUUAGUUUAUUUGCUUACCAUCAGUGUGUAGUCAUUCUUCUCAAGCUGUGCUACAAUUAUAGGAAUGUAUCCAUAACCUUCAAAACAGAAGAUUUAAAGAACCAUGGGGAAAACACCUUUUCUCUGUGAUGAAAUCAUUAGAAAACCUUCCUGCGAAUGUUUUACUGCCGCAUUAAUUUUAUCAACAUGAGAACUCUUUAGUCAUUUUAGUCAAUUUAGUCAUUGCUCUUUGUCAGUUUUCACAAACCAAAUCCCAGUAUGUGAUGCUGAAUUUUCUAAUCAAAAUUCGGGGAACCAAAAUCUUACGUUACGGCAACGUUUCUAGCUUGUGUUAGCUGGGAAUAUGCUAGUUCUAUUUCAGUAUAGAAGUUACCUAAACCUUUAUUUUUAAGAGUGUGGGCAUGUCUCAGAGAGGAACCCAGUGUAACCUCCUCGUAUCAACUCUCUCGUUCAACUCUCACUUAUCAUCAACUACAGCACUCUCUAAACCAGGGCCUCUGUCCCUUUAUGAUAUUCUGCACACUACUGAACACGCCUCAGGUGUCAUACAGUACACUCUCCUCUGCUACUCUCUCUCUCUUUCCCACCGUUAGCCGAUCCAGGUCCGCUUUCCGUCGUAGAUGUCGUUUCCUCGAAACCCUUAAGUGCACUGCCACAGGCUACUCUGAUCACAUUCCAAAAAGGUGUGAUGUGUGUACUGUGCAUGUGUAUAUGUGAGUAUGUGUGUGGUGUGCGUAAACAUGCACGGUGCAAAACAUUGCGACGAAAUAUCGCAAUCUGUUGACGCGCUAAACGGUAUUCGACAGCGGUAAACGAACGUUUGGCAGACAGCGCUAGACCGGGAAGUCGUGGACGAGAGGUAGUAUUCACGAACGCUGCACAAACCAAGGUUUUGCUCGCAAAAACCAGCACAGAACUUGACCUGCAAUACUGUAUUUGUCCGAGCCUUACUGCUCUAUGCCAUGGCAAUGCUGUUAUUUGCUGACUGUACAGCACCCAGGUCCCCAUUCUGAAACCCAUUCAUCACCAUUACACGUUUUUCUGUAGAUUCGUGAUACAUUCAUACGUCGCGUUGCUAGCUGCUAGUUGCUAGUCUUCUUUUAUUACUAGAUCUCAUUAUUAGCAUCCAUUUGUAGAACCAGGUGCACACAAGUGUGCAUGGUAUGUACACAUUUUGCAUGGCAAUUCAAGGAAGAUCCCCACUCUAGAACAUCCAGCAACCUAGCAUUUCUGGUCAGGCUUCUAAAACUGUGGAGGAACCCCUAAAGCUUCUUUGAGGAACCUUCAAAAAAAAGCUUAUGGUGCUUCAAGAAACAUUUCUCUCAAAAACCUUUUCUUGAAGGUCCUUCAAAGCACUUUUUAAGGGAUUUCUCCAUAGUUUCAUAUUGAAGAACCCUUAAACCUCCUCCAGGAACUUUUAGGAAUAUUUAAAUAACUUUUCACUGAAAAAAAAAGUCCUUUCCAAGACUAAUCGUGGUGCCAAUCUUGAAUCCUCUUGUCCCUGAAAAUGUGAAUGCUUUGAAUGAUUUGAGUGUACGUAGCAGCUGCUAUUGAUGCAUGAUGUAUGUUGUACCCUUUUUGCAUGGCGACCAACCGUGUGUGUGAGCCACCAAUCCAACUAUUGCCAUGUGGUAGUUACUUGAAUAGGGCAAGAGUAGGUUCUCACUUUUCCCCUUAUUAGGUGUAUUUGGUAACACUUACUAUAAAACUUGUGUUUAUAAUGCAUCAUAUGGCAUACAUGAUACUUUAUAUUAAUACCUUACAUCACAUUAUGAAGUACAGACAUGUGUCUUAAGAGAUGUAUAAAGAGAGGUAUACAAUGCCUUAAUAAUAUCAUCUGUUCAUGAGAGCUUUGAAGAUAUUAUGAUUAUGAUAAUUCAUCAUGAAGGUACAUAUGAUAUGUACUUAAAUGUGUUAUGCAUGUCGCUAUACAUAGUUGUAUAGUUAUUAUACAAGCUUAUACUAGAUUUAUUAGGUAUUUAUAAGGUAUUAUGAAUACCAAAUAAAGCAUCAUAAACACAGAUUUCAUAUAACGUGUUACCAUGUAUUCUUUCUAGUACUGUACACCCAUCAUUAAUUUUGUAUAAAUAUACUGUACAUCAAUGGCUUUCUGUUGUCUGUUGUUGGUGCCAUGCCUGUAUGGCCACCAAAAAAUUGUCCAUGGGUUCCAUAUUGGCCCACAUAUGGAUGGGUUCACAAAGGGUUAAACCUGGGCUCAAUCUGGGUUAUGUCUAUAGGAAGCCCAACUGGGUCCCAAUUACAAAACAGUACAAACCCCCCACAGCCCAUGCCCACUUGGAACCCAUCUGGAACCCACCAAGCCAUGCCAACCAUGCUCCACCCAUGUAAGCCCCACUUAAGCAUGUUGGCGAGAAAGGCUUUAACUUUUGACCAUCCGCAAUCCACAAUGAAUGAAAGAAAAUCAAGAUUUAAACCAGAAAAUAGUACAACUGUGGCACAAAUACUGCUGCUGAUGCCUUUUUCACGUGUUGCUUGGUGCUUGUGUUGAUGAUAAUCAACUCAGGGCACUUUUGUCUUAAACCCUAUACACUUCUGUCCCAACACCAUUUCAUUCCUUAUGCAUACUGACCAGCUGUAAAGAGGAGUGUUUAAAGAGUGUUAUUAUUUCAAUCUGAGCGAGCGAGUGAGAGACCUUUGAUAUAGGGUUUCGAUUUGAGCGUAUGCUCUAUUACUAUAAUUUCAGAUUGCAAUUUUGUUGAGGUGAGAACAAACCCAAGGGAGCAAUAUUAGCACAAAUGCAUGGGCAGAUAUGAUCUAAAUGCUGUGGAUGUCAUGAGUAGAUAACAUGAUGUAAAAUGGAAAUUAUAUAGAUUAUGCACAAAUCUACCUAUCAUCUCUCUCUAUCUACAGUCCACUGAGUCUAAAUUAGGGACGCACAGUAUAUUGUUUCAGUAUCGCCACGGCAAUGUACACAUGCGCAUCGGUCCCAUCGCAGGAUGUGCAAUGUAAGAUAACGCUAAACAUAUAAUUAAACUGUACACAUGCUACAACAUGUUUCAUACAAAAAAAAAAAAAAUUGCAACUGUCUAAUUUCUUCAUUUUUAAUUUAACUUUUUUUAAGUACACAAUAUAUUGUCCCAGAAAUUAUUGUGAUAAACUAAAUAUUGUAAUUGAAAAUAUUGCCAUUUUAAAGAAUAAUGAACAUUUGAAUUGGAAUAAAACUGGCUCAUAUAUUCUACAUAAAUAUAACUUAUUAUAAUAAAUAUAUUAAAAUAUAGUCAAUUAAAACCACUGUUUUUAAACAAAGUUGACAUAUUGGCUCAAUCAUGGUGAUAGGAAAAUACAUAUAUAAAUGUAUGUAAGUCAUUAGUCAAUUUUAUUUUUUAGAACAUGACUAUAUUUAUGGCAGAACAACAAAAUUUUGAAAUAUCUUUUUUUAAAUCAAUAUCGUGCAACACUACUCUAAACGACUUUCAGACCUGAACCAACGUCACUUAGCCUUAUUGUCACACAAGGAAAACCUCAAAACAGUCAGACAUCGUACACACCCAACCGCCUCAACCACCUCAACCACCACAACCACCUCAACCAACUUAACCACUUCACCUCCUACCAUGAACAGAAACAGUUAAUCAUUUAAAGGCACCAUUUCAGACCCAGCUUAAAUAAAUAAAGACAUGCUAUUAGGGCUAUCUAAAGCUACUGAAAGCCCCAAAAGUCCAGAAAUGCUUGAUAUGGGUCUAAAAAGUUACGCUUUAAAUCCUGGUUGGACUUCUAAUGACUCAAUCAGUGCUAUAGCGGCUUUCGCUAAUUAUUCCACUUAAACACUGCCAGGUUUUGACACCACGACUACCGUCUUGCCUGUGUCAUUUUUUACCACCUAUUUUCAGUCAAGCUCCACAUUUUGUGCUAGCUAGUAGUACAUAUUAGCCAGUACCAAAGUAAUGGGAAAGUCCUAGUAGCCGGGAGGCAGAGCUUGACAUAAAAACAGGUGUGCUAAAAAAUUACGCGCCUUCUUAUUUUGUAGCUAUUUUUGUCGUGGCCAUGUAAUAAGCCUGACUUGCUGCACUUUUUGCUGUAAUAAAACGGAUUGUACCACUAGGUGGUGUAGAGUUUUUUUGUUUUUCUGAAAUAGAUGUGUUAGAGUAGGUUAGAAAACUAGGCUAGCUCUCAUUAGCAUUGCAAAGGCUUUGUAAGGAGUUGUGAGGAGGAAAUGUCAAAGCAAAUCUGGAAGUUUGUCCAGUCAUUUCCUCACUUUUCUGUCAUUGUAAUUAGGUUUUUCAAAGUGCGAUACUCUACUAAAUAAAGGCUAAAGGGAUGAUUUGAGAAAACUUUCACCACAAGCUUCACCUAAAAGAAGCACAAGCUAACCCUGCUAGCUAGCCCACUCGCACAGGCAACAAUAACACAAUAAUGCUGCAUGUGCAGGUAGUGCCACUCAAAACUCCCAAUUCUAUAGACAGAUAAUAUACAACCAUCGCCCAACAGUUACGACAGGUCCUUUAAAAGUUACACAAAAGAGCAAAAGACAUCAGAAAUCAAGCAAACAAAUACUUGUUUAGUUGAUUAAAAUGCCUUAAACCACCAGCAGCUUGCUAAAGCUAGCAGUGUGUGAGUAAGCGAAUUGUUUGUGCGCUUAUCUUUUUUCUUUAGCGAUUAGAUGCUACACUGAAUGGCUGAAUUGAAAUGUUGAGGAAUUGAAUGUAGAUUAUUGUGCUCUACUCUUGAUUCUGGAUCAUAGCCUACUGCUGUAUCACAGAUGACCAAUAAAGACUGAUAUUAAGAAGUC